CCUGGAGUCAUGCGAAGCCUCCUGUGUUUGUGUUCCCUUUUUGCCAAGGGACCCGUCCGGCUGCUCUUUUGAGCGCUUUGCCUGCGGAGAAGUCGAGCCACAGUCCGAAGGCAAAGAGCGAAGAGAUCGGCCAGGAGGAGACUUCCAGCUGCUGAGACCCCGAGUGUCACGAAGCCCCCCUCGACACCCAGCUAUAACUGGACAGAAAAUACCUCAUUAAAAUCUCAAGUAGAUAGGAUGCGUUCCUGUCCUGGGUCAUCCUUGGAUAAAGCGAAGUAGUAGCUGUCUCAAGCUGUCUCUCCAGCAAAGAAAUGACACAGAAGGAAGAAUUAACUUGCUGGUGUUCAGUAUUAAAUGGCAUGUUCUCUCCAGUGGACAGUCAACCCUGACUCUAUGCUGUCCUUCAGGAGGUGUUACUUUGAUGGAUGACACCCUAGUGAUACUCAACAAAUAGCACCAGAGGCUUCUCUGCAGAAUGUCAAGCAAGGAUCGACACAUUGAUUCUAGCUGUUCGUCAUAUAUCAAGACGGAACCGUCCAGCCCCGCCUCCUUGACGGACAGCAUCAAUCACCACAGCCCUGGUGGCUCCUCCGACGCCAGUGGGAGCUACAGUUCAACCAUGAAUGGACAUCAGAAUGGGCUAGAUUCACCACCACUCUACCCUUCUGCCCCGGGCCUUGGUGGUAAUGGGCCUGUCAGGAAACGAUAUGACGACUGCUCCAGUACUAUUGCUGAAGAUUCCCAAACUAAGUGUGAAUACAUGCUGAACUCAAUGCCCAAAAGACUGUGCUUGGUAUGUGGUGAUAUUGCAUCAGGGUACCAUUAUGGUGUGGCUUCAUGUGAAGCCUGCAAGGCUUUCUUCAAGAGGACAAUUCAAGGUAACAUAGAGUACAGCUGCCCUGCAACAAAUGAAUGUGAGAUUACGAAACGCAGACGUAAGUCCUGCCAAGCUUGUCGUUUUAUGAAGUGUCUAAAAGUUGGCAUGCUGAAAGAAGGAGUUCGCUUAGACAGAGUACGUGGAGGUCGCCAGAAGUACAAGCGUAGAAUAGACGCAGAGAAUAGCCCAUACCUGAAUCCUCAGCUAGUUCAGCCUGCCAAAAAGCCAUAUAACAAGAUUGUCUCCCAUUUGCUGGUGGCUGAACCAGAGAAGAUCUAUGCCAUGCCUGAUCCCACUGUACCAGACAGUGACAUCAAGGCCCUCACCACUCUUUGUGACCUGGCAGACAGAGAGCUUGUGGUCAUCAUUGGAUGGGCUAAACAUAUUCCAGGAUUUUCCACUUUAUCGCUUGCUGACCAGAUGAGCCUUCUGCAGAGUGCUUGGAUGGAGAUUUUGAUUCUGGGUGUUGUAUACCGAUCACUUUCCUUUGAGGAUGAGCUUGUCUAUGCCGAAGACUAUAUCAUGGAUGAAGAUCAGUCUAAAUUAGCAGGCCUUCUUGACCUCAACAAUGCCAUCCUGCAACUGGUAAAAAAAUACAAGAGCAUGAAGCUGGAGAAAGAAGAGUUUGUCACCCUCAAAGCUAUCGCGCUUGCUAAUUCAGACUCGAUGCACAUAGAAGAUGUCGAGGCAGUUCAGAAACUUCAAGACGUCUUACAUGAGGCCCUGCAGGAUUAUGAGGCUGGACAGCAUAUGGAGGACCCACGCCGAGCUGGCAAGAUGCUGAUGACUCUGCCACUUCUGAGGCAAACCUCCACAAAGGCAGUGCAGCAUUUCUACAACAUUAAACUGGAAGGCAAAGUGCCCAUGCACAAACUUUUUUUGGAAAUGCUGGAGGCCAAGGUCUGACUAAAGCAUCCUGGGCCUUCCAGAUACGCACGCUGGAAUUUUAAUGAAAGGGAAAAUAAAACAGGAACACCAUGACAAAGAUACUUUAGCAUCUAAAUUAAAGAAACUAACAUGACUGCACUGAUAUUUAGCAGUGAGACUCAGAAGCAGCACUUCUUUAUUUUCUGUGUCUUAUCUGAUACAGUUUUCCUUCUGAUACAGUUUUUCUUCUUCUUUUUCUGGUUCUGAUACAAUUUUUCUUCUUCUUUCUCUUUUCUCUUUUCUCUUUCCCUCUUCUCUUUUUUGCCUCUGUUUGCUGCUGAAUAUUUAAAAAAGAAGUCUCUAAUAGAAGAGAGAUGGAAGCCAGGCCUGCCAAAGGAUGGAAAUCCAUAAUAUGGAUGCCAGUGAACUUAUUACGAACCACAAUACCCCAAUGACAAAAGGAAUCGAAAGAGAACCAUUGUAACUAGCAGUACAGUACAACACGAUGAACUGACUGAAUGCAGUAUUAGGUUUCACAAGAGCAGCCUCUAAUUAGACGACUUCGAUGACGAUGCAUUGGCUGCUUCUUAUCAUUGCAUUUCCAUCUAGAUCAGUUACAGCCAUUUGAUUCCUUAAUUGUUUUUUCAAGUCUUCCAGAUAUUUCUUGGGUUAGCAACAAUGUAACGUUUUCAGGGAAUAGUUUGAGCUUUAUUCAUUCAUGCAAUACUAAAGAGGAAAGAGAAAUAAAUACUGCAAUUUUUUUUGUGCUGGCUUGAACAAUGACAGACAUUUAAUGACAGACAAAUGAAUCCAGAAGGAAGAUUUUUUAAAAAAGAAAACAAGUGUUUUGGUUCUUACUAACAGAAGAUUUUUUUCUACCAGCUUUACCACUUUUCAGCCAUUUGUUAACAUGGGAAUUUAUCUUACUCAAGCAAUAGUUGAAGGGAAGGUGCAUAUUAUCACGGAUGCAAUUUAUGUUGUGUGCCAGUCUGGUCUAAGACAUCCUGUUUCUUCGCAUGAACUCCAAUUUAUACCUAAGUGUUCACUGGGGGAAAAAGGAUUAGAUUACACCUGUAAUAUAUCUGAAUAGUCUAAUAUAUUAAGAUGCCAUGUCAAAUAGGAAUUUUAAAAAAAAAAGGGGGGGGGAGUAAGUGCUUCGGUAUGGCCAAGGUACAAUUGCUACAUGAUAUUGUGGGUUAAUUAAUUAUGCGGUUUAUCAUGUACAAAAUUGUGGACAUUAAAAUAAAGUCCACUCCAACCAGCAAUAAAGUAAAAUCAGAUAUUAAAAUAGUCAGCCUCUGACCAAAUCCAAGAAUUUAGCACUUGCACACAUUAUUUAUUAAUUUAUAAAACUUUUAUUUUGGAUAGGUUGCCAUUUUUAAACAAACAGCCUAGAGAAUAUGCUGGCUUUUUCAACCAGUGUUGUCACAGUGUAAAAGUUGGGCAGUUUCCAGGCUGUUAAAGAGGUGUAAUCUAAUGUAUAAACUAAUUAGAUGCCCCCAGAAAACUACAGUCGCUAAAUAACCAAUAAACAAUAACCUCCAUCAAAUGCUAUACCAAUGUACCAGUGUUAGUAGCUGCUCCCUGUACUAUGUGAACAACCUUAUUCUAUGUACACAAAUGUAAUUAAAAUUGUAAUCCUAACAAACAAAAGAAAUGUAGUUCAGCUUUUCAAUGUUUCAUGUUUGCUGUGCUUUUGGAAAAUUUUUAUGUUGCAUUCAAAGACUGUUGUCUUGUUCUUCUUGUGGUGUUUGGAUUCUUGUGGCGUGUGCUUAUAGACACAGGGUAGAAUUAGAGACAAUAUUGGAUGUAAAAUUCCUCAGGAGACUUAACAGUAGUAUAUUCUAUUCCUUCUGGUCAAUAAGGUUCUUCCUAGUAAUAAUUAAGAAAUUGGAAUGAAAAAUCCAACCAAGUAUUCAUUAUGGACAAAUACACAUGAAAUCAUAAUAUUUUCAAAACAAGGGAUACUUUCUGUAACAGUUUAUUAAUAGAAUACCUAUGUAUAGCUUAGAAAUAAAACUUUGAAUAUUUCAAGAUUAUAGAUAAGUCUAAUUUUUAAAUGCUGUAAAUAUAGCUUUCAUCCAAUCAUCUCUCAGAUGUUGUUAUUAACUUGCUCUGUGUUGUUGCAAAAACUUUUUUUUAAAAAGAUAAAUGCAGACACGUUUCCAAAAUUAUUGCUACUUGUGUGCUUUAAACAAAAUACGGCAGGCUGAUGAUACAUCAGCCUUGUGCUAGAAAUACUGUGUAUCUCUCAUUAACUAUAUGGGAUUCUCUUUGUAGAUUGUGUUUUUCUCAGUAGAGAAGUGACUGUUGUGUGAUCCUAGAUAGACCAUCAUUAGCAAUUCAUUCAUUUGGCCAAUAACUUGAAAUUAAAGGUGCGAUAGGAGUUUGAAAUUGGCAUGUCCCUUUUGAAACAAAAUGACAAAAACUUACAACUCCUGGGGGCGGGAGGAAAUGGUGCUGAUUCUAUAAAAUUAUUUAUAUAUGUAAGAGUGCAGAAUAAUUAUUUUCCAGAAAAUUUGUGCAGGGUUUAAGUUGCUAGUGUUAACUACACUGUAUAUGUAUAUAUAAAUAUCUAAUAUAAAUAUUGUUUUUGCUGUAUCACAUUGAAGAACUUGGGUUUUCAGGGUCAAUAGCCAAUCAACACACUCAGAAAAUAAACAGAAAAGCAAAGACUUAAGCAAGAUGGAAUGUGCUAAAGGAACAUGGUGUAAUUUUUACUUUGGAUUUCAGUAAUUUUUCAGCGCUGCAAUGAACAAGUAUAUCAUCACUGUACAAAUGUAAACUGAAACAUAGAUACACUGUGCAGGCAUUAGAAUAACAUUCAUCUUAAACCUUACUGAAAGACGAUUUGAACAACCAUUUAUUUAUUCUGAAGUGCUGGAGAAGAUCUCAAGUAUGUUUUAGCGCAACCAAUCUCAUUUGGAGAAAUAAGAUCCAUGUGGAAUUUCUCCUACAGGAACCAUUGACGUGAAAGAGCAAAGUAUAAAACCUUUCUUAUUUGGCUCUUCCAUUCAGUUCAAUGUGUAGAAGACAUUUCUGAUGGAUUGUACCCUGGGCUAUUUCCUUUUUCUGACUUGUUUUCCCUUAUUUAAAGCAAUAUAAUUGUGUGACUCCCGAAAGUUGCACAUUUGUUUCAAUCAAAUCAGAUUGUUGUAUUUAUUCCACUAUUUUACAUUUAAAUGCUAACAUAAAAAGAUAUAAAAAAUUAAAACUGCUAUUUUUCUUAUGGAAGAGAAAAUGGGUGUUGGUAAUUGUAUUUUAAUUAUUUAAGCGUCUCUGUUUACCUGCCUAGGAAAACACUUUAUGGCAGUCUUAUUGUGCAAAGAUCGCAAAAGAGGGGAAAAACUGAAUUAAGCUGCUUAUUAUAAUCCAGGAGUUGCAUAACCAGUAGUAAAAACACAAAUUUAAAAAAAAAUCAUGUCUAUAGCUGUAGAUGGGCUUCACAUCUGUAAAGCAAUCAACUGUAUAUUUUUGUGAUGUGUAUCAUAUUGUGUGCUCCAACCAAUGUCCAUUUGUGUAAAUGUAUUUAUUUUAUAUUGUAUAUAUUGUUAAAUGCAAAAAGGAGAUAUGGUCCUGUAACUCCAAUCAAUUCAGAUGUGUAACCCAAAUUAUUAUGCCUUUCAGGAUGAUGGUAGAGCAAUAUUAAAC